UCCACCUUCAGCCCUCCCACUCUCUCGCCACCUCUCUGUGCAACGUGUCGCAACUACCUCGCCUCAGGAGUCAGAUGCUCUGCAGUGCUGCACACUGAGGCACAAAAUACCAUCACCGGACGAGUGCACAUAGGCAAGAGCUCCCGCAUCAUCCAGUCCUGAAAGGAGUUGGAUGGGUGCUUUUCCAUAAUGCUCAAGUCUCUGUUUCUGUGUGGAGUGCUGGGAGUGCUGCUGAUCCCAGCAGAGUGCAGCGAGCAAAUCUCUGUGUGUGUUGAGGAUGACAGGGACCUGAGAGUGGACUGCAUGAUCAAGCUCAAGUCCAGCCAAUACAACAGCUAUGAGUUCUCCUGGUCCCCUGGAACCAAAGAGUCCGUCAUUAAUACCAAUGUGUCCGGCUCGUCUGCAGAGAGCGUCUUCAAGGAUAAGAGCUACGUGCAGGAGCUGGAUUCCCAGGGCUACAGACUGACCCUGAGCGGCUUCACGGACACACUCCCACACAACACCACCUACAUAUGCAAAAUAUCGGGGGAGAAUGCCAAUAUCAAUGUGGAGGCAGAUCAACUUCUCCCGUGUUCAGCUGUAAGCCUGUUUGUGAAGAGAUCCUGCUCCUGGAUCGCCUGUCUGCUGCUCUUCUAUCACACACAGAGCUAAAAAAACACACACAUACGCCCAUACUUAACCACACUUAACCAUCUCUCUGCAUCCUUCAACUUCCCGACAAUAACACCACACAUUAACAAGAUGUCAACAGCUUGCAACUACUCUCCUUCCCUUGUAUUCUUCCUGUGAGGCAACUGAAGUAGUAUCCAUCUGUUUUCAUCACUCUCUUUAGAAUGAAUGAAGAUGACUCAACAGAAAUGUAUCCAGAUGUGCUUUUUUGCAGCAGGGACAAACUGUAUUGAAUGUGUAUAAAAUUGCACUAAGUAACGUGUCAAGUAAAUAUUACUUUGUGAGCUGCAGUGUUUGUUUUCAAUAAAGAACAUUUGCUGUUUAAAGUCA